UGGUCUCCGGCUGGUGAAUCUGGGAAUGAAGCCACUGUUACACUCAGUCAGUUUGUUCCGUCAAUGUCUAUUCUACGGAUCAUUCGGAUCAGGACGACUGCUGAAGGACAAUGGAAGGGACCGAGAGGUCUAACAGCUGUGAUCCAGACACAGCAGACUGUGAUGGCAGCACUGGGAGACAAAGUCUCUUUACACUGUCAGCUCAUGGAAACUAAAGAUGUCCUUCAAGUCACGUGGCAGAAGAUCUCACCUAGAGGAGACGCUAAUGUUGCCACCUACAACAAACACUAUGGCGAACGUGUGAAUCCUAGCUUCAAAGAUAAAUUAGAGUUUGAAGAUGCUGGACUUCAGAGCAGCUCCAUAGUCAUCAAUAAUGUGACGGAGCAGGAUGAAGCCUGCUAUCUCUGUUUGUUCAACUCCUACCCUGAAGGAGCUCUGAGAGGAAGAACAUGUCUCCAAGUUUAUGAGCUGCAUCAACCUGUUGUACAUGUCAGAGAAUCAAACUCUACUGGAGAGGUAGUUGUGUCCUGUUCAGCCACAGGUCGACCUGCUCCCACUGUAACACUGAGAGCUACACAAGCAGACCGCAACUUGACUGACUACGACAGCGUCAGUGUGUCCAACACCAACGGUACAGUCACUGUCACCACUACAGCUGUGCUGUCAGCUCUCCAUGUAAACAGCACACAGGUUGGAUGUAGAGUUGGAGUGCUCUCUGGUCCUCAGAUAGAGGUGUUGGAGACCAUUCCUGGGCUCAAACCCACGUCUGCUGAUGAUUCGGACGAUGAAGUUAAUGUUCAUGUGGUCUCAAGAAGACAUUUAUACAGCUUAGUCCCUGUAUUGCUGCUGAUCAUCAGUGUUGCUGCAGUGAUCGUUGUCAGGUUCAGAAGAGAAACUCAUACCAGUUUGACACACAAGGAGCCUCAGAGGGAUGAGAUGCCAGGAAACACUCUGAAGGCUGAAUCAUCUUUGCUGACACAUGAGAACAUGGAGCUUAGAAAACGGACACCUCCUGAGAGACGUCAACCAAACAGCAACUCAAAUUCACCUUCAGCACCAGCAAGGUGCGUUUUGGAUUAGUGUUGACCCUCAGAUGG